AUGGUACCAGAUGUAGGAGAUACUUGUGGACCCUCAGUACCAGAUGAAGGAGACACUUGUGGACCCUCAGUACCAGAUGUAGGAGACACUUGUGGACCCUCAGUACCAGAUGUAGGAGACACUUGUGGACCCUCAGUACCUGAUGUAGGAGACACCUGUGGACCCUCAGUACUAGAUGUAGGAGAUACUUGUGGACCUUCAGUACCAGAUUUAGGAGACACUUCAGUACCAGGCGUAUGUGGGCCCUUGGUACUAGGCGUAGGAGACACCUUACCUGAUGUAGGAGACACUUGUGGACCCUCGGUACCAGGCGUAGGAGACACCUGUGGGCCCUUGGUACUAGGCGUAGGAGACACCUGUGGGCCCUCGGUACUAGUCGUAGGAGACACCUGUGGACCCUCAGUACUAGAUGUAGGAGAUACUUGUGGACCCUCGGUACUAGAUGUAGGAGACACUUGUGGACCCUCAGUACCAGAUGUAGGAGACACUUGUGGACCCUCAAUACCAGAUGUAGGAGACACUUGUGGACCCUCAGUACCAGAUGUAGGAGACACCUGUGGACCCUCAGCACUAGAUGUAGGAGAUACUAAUGGACCCUCAGAACAAGAUGUAGGAGACACCUGUGGACCCUCAGUACCAGAUGUAGGAGACACUUAUGGACCCUCAGUACUAGAUGUAGGAGAUACUUGUGGACCCUCAGUACUAGAUGUAGGAGACACCUGUGAACCCUCAGUACUAGAUUUAGGAAACACUUAUGGACCCUCAGUACCAGAUGUAGGAGACACCUGUGGACCCUCAGUACCAGAUGAAGGAGACACCUGUGGACCCUCAGUACCAGAUGAAGAAAAUACUUGUGGACCCACAGUACCUGGUGUAGGAGAUACUUGUGGACCCAAGGUACCAGAUGUAGGAAACACUUAUGGACCCUCAGUACCAGAUGUAGGAGACACCUGUGGACCCUCAGUACCAGAUGUAGGAAACACUUGUGGACCCACAGUACCUGGUGUAGGAGAUACUUGUGGACCCUAG